AGCGCGCGUUUGGCCCGCUUCGCUCAGGGCAGCGGUUACCUUGUCACAGCAAUGAGCUGCUCCGGGGCGGCGGCGGUCCGCUCCCUGUGGCGGCUGCGCACGGGCGCCCUGCAGCCUCUCGCAGCUUACGGAAGAAGGAUCAGUGUCAGAUUGUACACUGUACAUUCAGGAAUGACCUUAGACAAUAUCAAUUGGGCAGCUGUGGAUCGAAUAAUCCGGGUGGAUCAUGCAGGUGAAUAUGGAGCGAACCGAAUCUAUGCAGGGCAGAUGGCUGUCUUGGGUCGGUCAAGCGUCGGGCCAGUCAUUCAGAAAAUGUGGGAUCAAGAAAAGGACCACUUGAAAAAGUUCAACGAGUUGAUGGUUGCAUUUAGGGUGCGGCCCACCGUUCUGAUGCCCUUCUGGAACGUGGUGGGGUUUGCGCUGGGUGCGGGAACUGCCCUGCUUGGGAAGGAGGGAGCGAUGGCCUGCACCGUGGCUGUGGAAGAGUCUAUAGCACAUCACUAUAACAACCAGAUCCGGACGUUGAUGGAGGAGGAUCCUGAAAAAUAUGAGGAACUUCUUCAGGUGAUAAAGAAAUUUCGGGAUGAAGAGCUAGAGCACCACGACAUAGGCCUUGAACAUGAUGCACAGCUGGCUCCAGCAUACACGGUUUUGAAGAGUGUUAUCCAGGCCGGAUGCAGCGUGGCAAUAUAUUUAUCCGAAAGAUUUUAAAAGACCUCUGUUGGCAUCCUUCUAAGACAGUAUGUAUAAUAGAUCCACCUCAUUCGUCUGGUCGGCUCAGCCACUGCCUCCCUGGAGGACUGCUCCAACUGCCUCGCCCACCGAAUUCCCACCACCGCGCCUCAGGACAGGCGCUUUCCUGCCCCUUUUAUGGAGGAGGAGGUAGAAACAGAGCCUGCAGGUUCUGGAGAGCCUUGAACUUAACCACCGGGUCACUUGGCUUCUAAUUUCCUCUCUUCCUCUAUCGGGGACAUUUGGGCUAUUAAUAACACCAAAUGUGGGGACCUCGAAUGCUUCAGGCGACCACCUUUGAACACGGUCGUUAUGGAAUUUCAGGAGGAGAGACCUCUCAGGGCUCUUCCUCCUUUUUGGAGAUUCCAUACUCUUUUGAGAAUGUGAUAAAAAGUCUGAAUCCUCACCCCAGGGCCUCCUCAAGGCCCUCCUUAAAACUUCUUGAUCCGGUGAUUUGAGAAGAAAACUUGACCUUUCCCAACCGAGGGGAACAAAAGAAACCUUUCCACAAAACUGCUCCUUUCUGGCUCUGCCAGAGCACAAGGCACUUUCCUACUGAAUGUGUUUUCAAAGGGUUAAAAGGCUCCACUUGCCUUCGGGGACGUGCUUCCUCCCACUGCUGUCUCCCGAAAUGGCAGCCCUGCAGGGCU